CAUACAUAGAAGAAAGCACAGCAAACCUGCUCACGAAAGACGUUAAGCCAGAGAUUAUAUUCAAGAGUAUCUACAGGCCGGACUUCCUUGUUACCAUGGCGAACGUUCGACUUUGCAUCGUGUUGGUGUCGGCCAUGGCGCUUGUGCCCAUCUUCUACUUCACAGCGUUUUCGUUCACCAUAACGAGAACGUUGUUGCCAAUCACUAGGAAAGAGAACCUGUUCCAGUAUGCACACUUUCGAGAAUCGAACUCGGGCUACACAUCUGGAUCAAGCAUUGUGCACGAUCCUGACUUUUUGGCGAGAGAACUGGCUGAACGAGUGCGUGUUCUCUGCUGGGUGAUGACGUCACCAGACAACGUGGAGACGCGAGUGAAGUACGUAGUCAGGACGUGGGCUCGACGCUGCAACAAGCUCGUCAUCAUCAGCUCCAAAGCCAACGACACAUACGGCAUCGUCGCCAUCAACGUGGGCGAAGGUCGAGAUCAGCUGACCCAGAAAACCCUUGGCGGUUUCCACUACGUGUACAAACACCACCUGGACGACGCUGAUUGGUUCCUGAAGGCGGAUGACGACACCUACGUCAUCGUGGAGAAUCUGAGAUAUCUUCUGUCGAACGAGGACACACACAAACCCGUAUACUUCGGCCAUCAUUUCAAUUCCAUCGGAACAUUUGACUACUCAAGCGGCGGGUCUGGUUUUGUGGUCAGCAAAGAAGCACUCAGGCGGUUCGGCAGGGCUGGAAAUAAUAGCACGGUUUGUCGUCAGAACGGUUCGGCCGGUGAUGAGGCGUUCGGUCAGUGCAUGGGAAACCUGGGAGUGGAGUUGAAGAAUUCCACAGAUAGAUAUGGAAGAACGAGAUUUCACUGUCUCAAACCUAGUGACUAUGUUUUUGGAAACUUUCCAGAAUGGCUGUUCAACUACGACGCAAAUGGCGUCAAAAAGGGUAUGGAGAGUAUCAGUGAUUACGUCAUUUCCUUUCAUUACGUGCGAGGAGAGCAGAUGGACUUAUUGGAGUAUUUGAUAUACCACGCUAAACCAUACGGCUUGAAAAACGUGUUACAGGAUCUAAAUCAGCACUAAUCAGGGGCGAAGCGUGAUCUGCACCUGGGGUGGGGUAGGGACCAGAUGGACUUAUUGGAGUAUUUGAUAUACCAGGCUAAACCAUACGGCUUGAAAAACGUUUUACAGGAUCUAAAUCAGCACUAAUCAGGGGCGAAGCGUGGUCUGGACCUGGG